CGAACCUUAAAAGGCUGCCUAAGAACCUAAGCUGACCAAGAAUUCCUUUGUUAAGGCACUCGUUAAAUUCCGGGUUUCAUUAAUUUGAAGCAAGAACAAUAACGGUACGUAGAUUUUAUGGGAUUAUACUGCUGUGAAGUAUUGUCGAAUUUCAGGGCGAGAGCUGUCAAGCGAAACACUUGACUGACUUCUGUCACGACUCGCCAGCUACGGAUCGAUUUUGUCUCAAGCUCGUUCAAGUGAAUUUGCAUAUUCUCGAGGAAACCGCCGUGAACUUCGUUAACUUAGUACUGUGUGGACAAGAUAUAUUGGCAAAGAAGUUUAUUUUGCUAUAGUGGCACGUGCGAUGUGAUGUAUUAAUAUUGUCAUAGGAAUGAGGCUCUUAUUAUGAAUACAAAAUAACAUGGCGGACUAAUCUUGGGGGUGGGCUGCAGAGAGGUGUUUUACACGGUUUUAAGGCGAUAUCUCCCUGAAUUGAAGGAUUACAAGAAAUUCAAGUUGUACUGGACGGAAAUCAUGUUUUACAUCACGCCAUGGAUGACUGUGGGCCUUUUUUUGUGUACUGUCUACUUCGUUUUGAUACUGCUUGGUUUUGGAAGAAAAGGCGACGAGACGAAAGUGAGUAAGAAAUCCGAAGAGAAAUUAGCAUCAUCGACCACAACUAGCAGCGAUAAGAGCGACGGAAAACAAUUGCAAUUAGCUGAUGAGAAGUUGGAAGUGAUAAAGCGAGGAAAACAACUGCAAGGACUUAAAUCGGACACGCAAAGGCCAAUUCGGGAAGCCACAUUAUCAUGCCAAAUACAGACUACCAACGCCAGCAAGUCGUAUGAUGGUUUACAACUAGCACCUGCCGACAGCGAUAAACAGAAAAAGUUAACAGGCGAACAAAGUUCUGCGCCUGUGAAAAGUAAAGACUUUUUGCGGAGUCAUGAUGCCUUGUAUUUACAGGAGUUCAGUGUCUCGGAUGACUUCAUCACUGAAAGAGAAAGAAUUCGAGGAAAUAAGAUUACUACCUCUCACGCAAACGAUAAUUUUUCGGAAUGCCUUAACAGAAAUUUUGAAAGAUGUGACGAUUUGAAUUCAUUAGAUGUGAAUCGGGUUGAAUUAUCAGAUCAUGUAACGCAGUCGUCGUCCACUACAGUUUAUUCUGAGCCUGUGCACCAAAGAUUUGAUACCCCAGUUUCUCAGAAUGAGCAACCAGUAUUGCUGUGUGAACCUUGCAUUGAUGUUGUGGAAUCUAUUUCCUCUACAGACAUAAAGCAGGAUAGUUUAAUUGAAGACUUUGUAGAAUUCUUGGUUGCCAGAGCUAAGACACAGGCAUUUAGGGAUAUUGACCUUGACCUAACAGCAAAUGUUUAUGCAGAGAAGGUUUCAGCUCAGAUUGUCAGUGAUGUCAUAGGCCAAUUUGCAGGUGAUUCUGGCCAACAAGAAAUCAGAUCUGCAGAAGUCCAGGAGAUACACAGUUUUGCCGGAAAUGUUGUUAAUUCUUUGUUCCAAGGUGCUACGGGAAAGAUGUCUUUGGUCAAGGAUGUUGAAACUUUUGCUAAAGACAUGAGCGAACAAGUUAUAAAUGAAAGUAUAGAAUAUUAUGCUGCAAAAGAAAAGUUGGAACAAGGAAGAAAGAAAAAAGUGUCUCUUCAUGAGAUGAGAAUUUUCAGUGAAGGUAUCAUUAGUGAAGUUUUGUGUGAUGGAAUUGAGGAGGCAGCGAUAGUACAGGAUGACUCCAAAGAAGAUUUCAUUCAUGAUCAAAACUUACCCACAGAAGAGCAAAAAAUAGAGGAUUCUAUUCCAGAGGGUGCUAACAGUUUAAAAAAUCAAGUUUGCCAGACAUCAUAUCAGGAAUCAAUCCUGUCAAGCACGUUACAACCCCAUAUCAGUGGUGUGGUAGAAAACUUGGUAAAUGGUGCAAUUUAUGAAGCUGCAUUGAGAGUGAAAGCACAAAGAAGUGAAUCAGGUUUAGAGGACUCAGAGCUAGAAAGCUGUGCCCAAGAAAUUUUGGAAUCCCAGGUUGACGAGACAGUUAAGGCAUUAAUUGUUUCAGCUUUGAGCAAAGCUGCUGAUCAUGAAGGACAGGAAAAAGAAGCAGAACCAUCAUACGCAAAUAAAAGUCAGGUUGAAUCCUGUUUAGAGUCUUAUGUAGUUGAUGCUAUGGGUGACCGAGUGAGUGAGGCAGUUGUUAACGUAAUAGAGGAACAAACUGUGCCCAGUGAGGAACAAAAAGUAGUGAAUGGUAAGAUUGAUCUCGCUCAAGAGCCGUUCAUGGAAGAGAGCUGUCAAAGUACCCCUGAGAUUGUUGUCGUGAAAGAAAAUGACACUGAUGUGACAGAUCAAUGUGAGGGAUUUGAUGUUGUGCCAUCUAAAGAGAAGGACAAAUUAAAAGAAAAGAAAACUGGUGAAAGGGGUGAAAGUGGUGAUUAUUGGAGACGUAGUUUGAUUCUGGAUUUGGAAGGGGAAGAAGAAUUUGAUGAGAGUGUUGAAAGUGAAAAGUCACCUUCAUCAACCAAAGAUGAAGAUCUGAUUUCUGAUGAGGAAAGUGAAGAAUUUAUAGAUUCAUCAGAGGAUGAGGUUAUUGAUCAUGCAGAGGAUGCUAAAAUGGGUGCAGUUGGUGGAUCAAGUGUUCAAAAGUAUGAGAGUGAUGAUGAUGACAAGAUGGAUUUUGAGGAUGAGUUAGAUGAUGAUGAUGAUGAUGAUGAUGAUGACUAUGAUGGCGAUGAUAUGUUUGUAUCACAGUCAAUGGUGGAUGGAUUGUGCGUGAGUAAACCUAAAGAAAAGAGGAAAAAGAAGAAACACAAAACUGCUCCAAGAGCAAGAAUACAAUCAGCUGGUUCCCACUUUAAUAAUGCAGUGGUAUUAGACAAUGGUUGUGGCACCAUAAAACUAGGCUUUGCAGGGCACAAGAAGCCCAGCAUCAUACAGCCAACAUUAUAUGGGAUCCCCAAACGAUACUCAUUACAAAUGGCUGGUAUGGACAACAAAAAGGACAGGGAAUACGGGGACACUGCUGCAACGAAGGCUGGAGUUAUGCAGCUAGAGUAUCCUAUGAAGGCUGGACUGAUUGAAAACUGGUCUGAUGUGGAGGACAUCUGGGAGUACAUGCUAUUCAAUGAGUUAGGAAUAGAAGAGGGAAACCACCCAAUCUUAAUCACAGAAGUUGCCAACACACCAAGGAAGAACAGAGAGAAAAUAGCUGAGAUUUUGUUUGAACACCUUGGUGCCCCUGCAAUGUAUCUUGCAAAUCAACUUGCACUGUCAUUGUAUGCGUCUGGCUUGACUGUGGGCAUAUGUCUGUCCUCUGGGUUCUCUGUCACUCAAGCUGCCACAAUUUACGAGGGACAUUUAUUAGCCCAUACAGUCCAGGAACUUGACAUUGGUGGUCGGUCACUCACAGAUAAUCUACAAAAACUGCUCAGGGACAACAAAGGUCAGAACUUCAACUCCUCAUCUGGCUGGCAGAUUGUGAAUAAUAUGAAAGAAACUAUGGCAUAUGUAGCACAAGAUUAUUCUUCUGAGCUGAAGCAGUUCAAGACCAAUGCUGCUCUGACUCAGUUCUACAGCUUGCCUGAUGGCCAGACUGUAGACAUAAGCAGUGAGAUGAUCAGUACUGCAGAACCUUUGUUUAAUCCUGAAACUCUUCUCGGUGCAGAUGACACUGUUGCCUCGCAGCUUCCCAUGCACAAGUUGGUGAACAGUGCAUUCAGAAGGUGUUCGCCAGAGUUACAGGACACCAUUCACCGAAAUGUCGUGCUUUCUGGUGGAACGACCCUCAUGAAGGGACUGCUACCGAGGCUACAACACGAACUCGGCAAAAUCAACCCAAAGAUACGAACAGUGCGUGCGCCUGACAAUAGAAGGUAUUCCGCGUGGAUUGGGGGCUCAAUACUGGGAUCUCUGUCCACUAUUGACAGUAUGUACGUCACGAUUGACGAAUACGCAGACUACGGGGGUCGAAUAGUCAAUCAAAAGUGUUUCUGAUGUCCUGCUGCCCUGCACAUGCAGCAAAGUGAUGCAUACACAGCCUAUACAUGACACGUUUAAAAUGACGAUGGGUCUCAUUUAAUCAAGGUAUUAGUGAAUUUUACCAAACUAGAAAUAUACUGUACACUGCUGACCAAACACAUCAUUGUCGUCGUUGGCGCAAAGUCAUCAAGUUGAUCGACCCAUUUUGUAGACUAAUUUACUCGUUAAUCUCACUCCCGUUUCUGAAUGACUUGAAUGAGAAAGUCGGGAAAAAAUUCAAGCAAGAUCUGUUGUUAAAUCUUUUAACGCCAAUGUUACAACAUCAAGUAAAUACAAAUGUCGAAAAUUUGCACAAAUUUAGGAUUAAGUCUAAUUGUUUACUACAUUUAUUACAAGCGUUUAUAAAAUGUAAGAAUUUAACCGAACUUCCAACUAUCCUUCCUCUAAGUACUUGAAUCUGGCACCCUGCGGAGUGAAGGUAUUCCCAGAAUACUAUCACUCAAGCAGACAAUAUAUACAGUUAAACCGCUUUAAAAAUUACAGUACGACAUUGGGAAAGUAAAAUAUCAAAUUUUUAUUACCAAUUUAUUAACAAAUUAUUUACCGGAACGAAAAUAAACUCACAUUAAAUUGAAUUUAUAAUAAUUAUAAUGGUUACUGUCUAAGCCACCUGGAUUGGGGGCUACGAAAGUGUUUUUCUAUUUCCGAGACUGCGCUGACCAUAGCACAGGUCUUGCACAACAUUGAUUAGCGACCGGGGUAUUAGAAAAUCAUUGUUAGAUGCAUUUGAAAUUGAAGAAGGAGUUAAAUAUCUUAAAGCGUCAUCUUCUAACCAAAAUUUGUUUCGCCCAUAUUGGCCGAGUGGUCUGUAGGAUCAACCAGAUCAAAUCGAUUUAGAAUCCUACGACCGUGUCAUAAUAUUAUGAACGGUCUUUGCAUAUGUUGGUUAAGGCAAAUUUUAUAGCACCAAUUUUUCCCCGCCNCCCCCCCCGCCCCGAAGAGUAAAAAGAAGAAGAAGAAGUAAUAAGCGUAAAAUCGUUGAAACGCUGAUGGUGGCGCAUCCACAAACGUUUAAUUUUCAGAUGUGGUUUAUAAAAUUCCUAGAGUAGGCCAAUGCUUGUAGAUAUAAAAUGUUUUAAUUUUUGUAACAAAAUUGUAUGCAUGCUCAAAGAAUCAAACUAUUUCUAGUGCUACAAGGUUAUUAAUUUUCCAUGUAUUUAAGUGAAUUUGAUGAUGCGAUCACAAGCAGUCCUAUUAGGCUUCUAGUCAGGGCUCGUUUACACGUAAGGCACAAUCAGAGUAAUGUGUUCUUUGUCAAGACCACUAUUCAAUAUUCAAGGGUGACAUUUUUGUAGCCUACUACGCAGACGCUCUUUGGGCUCGUCACGCAACGAGGGGGAGGAAGAUUGCGUGACGAACCCAAAGGAUGUCUGCGUAGGGGGCUAAAAUUUUUGUAGCUCGAGCACAAAAAAGAGGCGCUAAUGCUGAUGAACCAAACAUUGUCAACAAAGAUUUCCCCUACUGGAUGACAGUUUGACUUAAAUGGAAUUCUCGUUCAAUAUGUUCCAGCAGCAUCUCUGGUAUGUGUUAACAAGUCAGUCAAGCACAUCUUGCAUUCUAACCUAACAAUGUUAAAUGAUGUUGGAUCAGCACGGUGGUCAGUCACCAGAUCAAUCGCACAAGAUAUUGAAAUUAGCUAGCUGUUUAUCAAGUGGAAGUUGCGUUUUGAGCGUCAGUCCUUAGUCAGAAUAAAGACGGAAGUCUCACGCUCGAAACAUCAGCGUGACAUUCUCUCUACAGCGGGUAAUUAUCAAUUUGAUAAACAGCUUAUUGUUUCACCUGUCUGCCGACGCAGCCCUUAUAACUACCAAGAGGUCUACCAAUAACUGCUAAUUAGCUACCUCUUUUUUGUAUUGUUUAUUUCAAAGCAGCCACGUUCGUUGUAAUACUAGAAAUACUACUUCAAAAUUGGUUAAAUAAAUACAGCAGUUGUAACGUUACGAUCAGUUGUAUAGUGAUGCCAGGUAAUCAUAGAAAUUUAGAAAUUUUAUUUACAUCAAGUUUUUUUGCGGCUGAAACCUCAAUUGUAAAAUUAAAUUUAAUUUUAAAAUGGGCAAGGUGAAGAGAAUUUUGUAAUGUUACAACCAAUUGUAUAGCUAUUGUAGUUAAUUACGGAAAUUAAAGUUAUCUGAACUGUU